AAGCUCUCUGUCGGUUUGCAAAUUCGCCCCGCGGGAGAGUGAGGCGCGAGCCGUGGCGGGAAGGCUGAGUUUGCGGGGGAGUGGGCUGUCACCUGGGCUGGCUCUUCUGUGAUGCGCGUCGGACUCGAGCUCCUUGGGAGAGCGGUGAGGCCGAAGCCGCGGUCGCGGAGACUGCUCCGGAGCGACGGCGGCGCGCGCUUCGCCCAGCUCGAGUGCGGUGAAGUCGGGGAGUCCGCGGGGUGAGGAAGCCUUAGAGAAAAGGCAGGGGUACGCCAGGAAUAACUUCCUCAGUGCUUAGAAUCUGAGAAAAAUGGCAAAUGUGGACGAUAAGCAUCACCUCAUCUCUGAAGAAGAUCAUGAAGUAAAUCCUGGACCAAUGAAUAUCCAGUUUGAUUCAUCAGACCUAAGAUCCAAAAGGCCUUUCUAUAUAGAACCCACAAACAUCGUCAAUGUGAAUGAUGUCAUUCAGAGGGUUAGUGACCAUGCUUCUGCCAUGAACAAGAGGAUUCAUUACUACAGCCGGCUUUCUACUCCUGCAGACAAGGCACUGAUUGCUCCAGACCAUGUAGUUCCAGCUCCAGAAGAGUGCUACGUGUAUAGUCCUUUGGGUUCUGCUUAUAAACUUCAGAGUUGUACUGAAGGGUAUGGCAAAAACACCAGUUUAGUGACCAUUUUCAUGAUUUGGAAUACCAUGAUGGGAACAUCUAUACUAAGUAUUCCAUGGGGCAUAAAACAGGCUGGAUUUACUACUGGAAUUUGUGUCAUCACGCUAAUGGGCCUUUUAACACUUUAUUGCUGCUACAGGGUUGUGAAAUCAAGGAGUAUGAUAGGUUCAUUGGAUACCACUACCUGGGAAUAUCCAGAUGUCUGCAGAUACUAUUUUGGCUCCUUUGGGCAGUGGUCAAGUCUCCUUUGCUCAUUGGUGUCUCUCAUUGGAGCAAUGAUAGUUUAUUGGGUGCUUAUGUCUAAUUUUCUCUUUAAUACUGGAAAGUUUAUUUUUAAUUUUAGUCACCAUAUUAAUGACACAGACACUAUACUGAGAACCAAUAAUAGCAACCCUGUAAUUUGUCCAAGUGCUGGGAGUGGAGGCCAUCCUGACAAUGACUCCAUGAUUUUCUACGCCAAUGACACAGAAGUUCAGCAGUUUGAAAAGUGGUGGAAUAGAUCCAAAACAGUACCCUUUUACCUAAUAGGGCUCCUCCUACCACUGCUCAAUUUCAAGUCACCUUCGUUUUUUUCAAAAUUUAAUAUCCUAGGCACAGUAUCUGUUCUCUAUUUGAUUUUUCUUGUCACUUUGAAGGCUAUUCGCUUGGGAUUUCAUUUGGAAUUUCACUGGUUUGUGCCAACAGAAUUUUUCGUACCAGAGAUAAGAUUUCAGUUUCCACAGCUGGCUGGAGUUCUUACCCUUGCUUUCUUUAUUCAUAAUUGUAUUAUUACACUCCUGAAAAACAAUAAGAAUCAAGAAAACAACGUGAGAGACCUGUGCAUUGCUUAUAUGCUGGUGACAUUAACUUACCUCUAUAUUGGAGUCUUGGUUUUUGCUUCAUUUCCUUCACCUCCAUUAUCCAAAGAUUGCAUUGAGCAGAAUUUUUUAGACAACUUCCCUAGCAGUGACAUCCUGUCCUUCAUUGCAAGGAUAUUCCUGCUGUUCCAGAUGAUGACUGUAUACCCGCUCUUAGGCUACUUGGCUCGUGUGCAGCUGUUGGGCCAUAUCUUUGGUGACAUUUAUCCCAGCAUUUUCCACGUGCUCAUUCUUAAUAUAAUUAUUGUGGGAGCUGGCGUGAUCAUGGCUGUUUUCUACCCAAACAUAGGAGGGAUCAUAAGAUACUCAGGAGCAGCAUGCGGCCUGGCCUUUGUAUUCAUAUAUCCAUCUCUCAUCUAUAUAAUUUCCCUCCACCAGGAAGAACGUCUGACAUGGCCUAAAUUAAUCUUCCACAUUUUCAUUAUCAUUUUGGGCCUGGCUAACCUAAUUGCUCAGUUUUUUAUGUGAAAACUUUUCUCAAGAUCUUUCAUGGUAUUUUGAGCCUUGACAGUACUCCUACAUAAACUCAAUUGUAAAUGCUGAUGUUGCUGUAAUUCUAAAUGUCUUUCUAAGAUAAUUUGAAAGUAAAGGAAAUAGCAGGCCAUUGAUAAGUAUUUUUUUAUUAGAAUAGGGGGAAAAGGAACUAAGAAUGAUCGUAGUCUCUCUUGUAUUCAUUCACUUCUUUGUUCUCAUUUGUCUUUUCUUUGUAAAAAUGUGGGAAAAAUCAUAGUGGCCUUUGCUUUUAGAGACAGAGUAGAUGGAUUUAUUUUGGCUACAAUAAGGAUUCUCAGGGUGUCAUGGCAGCUUAUUGUUAGAUCAUAUUUCUGUGUUAUAUUUCACUGUACUUCUAUUUUUUUACUUGCUAGGCCAUAUCUACAGUUUGCCUAAACCUCUACUGUUUGUGACAGAAAACCAAAUACCUCAUUUUUAGUUUCCAAGGCAUCUGGGUUAGAAUGAAUUCUUAACUGAGUCUUUAAUCUGGUUUAGAACAAAAUUUUAAAACAGUAUUAGUAUGGGCUUUAUGGCCAGAAAUGUAUGCAAAAUAAAGGAGGAGGGUUUAUUGCUGUCGGACUCCUCUUUUAUUUCUAGUCCAUUUCCAUUAACUUAGGUUAAAAUUGUAGUUCCCCAUGACAGAGUUUGCAUAGAAACAAGAAUGAUUGUCCCCAUAGACCCAGGAUCCUUUGCUUUUUGGAUCCUUGUAUAUUGCAUAGCAUGUCAUGAUAGGCCCAAUGGAGAAAGCAUAUGCAGAGAGGACCAUUUGAGAUACUGAAGGGGAGAGAAGGAGUGGAGAAGCAGCCAGAAGGGUUGAGAAGAUGCCCAGUGUAUCUUGAAUCCUCUGGAUGUGAGAGUGGUUUAUUUGCCAGAGGGAAGGAUAAAUUCUGCUGGUGUAUGAUCUCUGUAGGAGAUGUUCUUUGCCUUUAUAACUAGUAGGGCAGAAGUCAAUCUCCAUUUUAAAAAUGUAUAUAUAGAUCUGCAAAAACAAUGAGAGAAUCUGAAUUCUUGGAGUUAAUACUCUUUUGCUUUUUCUCUCAAAGUAAAAGCUAAUCCAGAAUCUAAAUGCAUGUAAAACAACCUCUGUAUUCAGCACAGGACUACCAACUACCAACAUAUAGAGUUCACUAGUUUUAGUCUAGUGUUGGAACAUGUAUUAUGUUGCUACAGAUUUCAUAUCCUAGGACAGUGUGUAGGUUUGUAUAAUUUCCUUCCUUUGAGAAAGAUGAGUGAAAUGGUUCCUAUAAAUCUAGGAAAGAGAUCCAGAUUUAAGAUUGGGCCUUACUGUUUUAUGGGGUCUUAUUUUUUGGUACCGGGGCUUGAACUCUGGUCCUUGCCCUUGCAAGGCAGGCGCUGGA